CAAAGGUGAGGGCUAGAGAAAUAGCAAAAGGAGAGAGAAGGAAGGAAUGAGACAGGAGUAUCAGCAAGGAGCUCUAUUCAGCAACUUAGUCAUUUAGUCUCUUGGAAAACGAGUAUGGCGAGUAUGGCCAGUGCAUUGCAAUAUUUAUUUCUGUUCCUCACAAUUGGAAUUCCAGUGUACAAGUGUGCGGCGGUAUUCCAAAAUGCCAACUGCGUACCAGAUGAACAUGUCCCAUGUUUUGAUUUGAGCAUGGUGGCAAAAAUAGCCAAGAAUGUCAGCAAGGAUAUGAUAGCUGCAGAUGGUGAGAACAUCCUCCUGAAGCACAAUUCCUUUGACAAAAUUCGCAAAAAGAAAGAGCUUCAUGGCUGUGUCCUACACAAAAUCAUCGACUUCUUUCAAGAUGUUCUUGUUGAGACAGAGAGGAGAUUGUUUGAACAGCACAGAGGAGAAGCAAACCAUCUUGAGCUUAUAUACAUCAUGGAUCAACUCAGGAACUGUGUAUAUAAGGUUAAAAAAGGAUGUGAUAAUCUAUAUCAGAAAGCUGACACAAUGGCAAAUCUAAAGGUUUUGAAAAAUUUGAAGCCAAAACAGGUAGCCAUCUUACAGCUACAGAAACUUAAGUAUGCAAAAGAGAGGCUUGAAGAUGUGAAUAUCCAGGACAGAGCAAUGGAUGAGCUGAAAUUGCUCCAUUUCUACAUGCAUGGAAAAGGCUUCCGAGAAAAUAUGAAUGACUGAGAAGCAUGGCAUUCCAUGAAUGCAAGGCUAAAAUGUGCUACUUAUUUGUCACAACUAUGCCUGGAAACUUGCAUAGGAUGCAUGCAAAGAACCAAUAAUGUUCAAGAAUUCACAGUACCCAUCUAAAGGGGUAAAAAACCAAGCUAUUGAUUUUAAAAUCUACUCAUGUUUCUAACAAGAUAUCUCACAUUUAUGAACAAAUAUACAGAUAUUCAGGCUUUUUAGCGAAAAUAUCUUUCAAUAUUUAAAUAUAUAUAUAUACUGUAUAUAUUUAAAGUAAUGAGCAUUUAAAAAGGAAAUGCAUUUUGCUUAUGUACUUUCGGUGAAAGAUUGAGUGUACUGCUGUAAACGCAGGGGAGAAAAUAGUAUAUUCAUAUUUUUGUAAACGAAAACACAAAAUACAUGUUGUCCUUUGUAAUGUUUUCUAUUGCAUUCAUUUGUC